AGGUUUUCUUCUUGGAUGUUUCUCCAGCUGUCUUGUGAUGGAAGGAAAAUACUUUUGACGUUAUAAUGGAUUUUAUGCAACGUCAUAACGAAAACUGGCCGGGUAGCAGCAUUUCUGUUUGAAGAGAGUAAGCCUAAUUACAAAUAAUCAUGACAACUUCUCAUAUGAAUGGACAUAUCACAGAAGAUUCUGACAAUGAAGCAAAGAAUGUGGAUCUUGCAUCUCUUGAGGAACCUCAAAAGCACAGAGAAAUGGCUGUUGAUUGCCCUGGGGAUUUGGGCUCCAGGAUGAUGCCCAUGCGGCGGAGCGCUCAGCUUGAGCGAAUCCGUCAGCAGCAGGAGGACAUAAGGCGCAGACGGGAAGAAGAGGGAAAGAAACAAGAACUGGACCUUACUGCUUCUAUGAGGCUAAAGAAACUAGCACAAAUUCCUCCUAAAACUGGAAUAGAUAAUCCAAUAUUUGACACAGAAGAAGGCAUUGUUUUGGAGAGUCCUCAUUAUGCUGUGAAGACACUAGAAGUGGAAGAACUGUUAACUUCUAUUAAGCAUAUCCAACACGUUUUGGUAGACCCUCAGAGCCAAGAGGAUAUCUCUCUCAUUUUACAGCUUGUUCAAAAUACGGAUUUUCAGAAUGCAUUUAAGAUACACAAUGCUGUUACAGUGCACAUGAACAAAGCCAGCCCUCCGUAUCCUCUCAUCUCCAAUGCACAAGAACUAGCACAAGAGGUACAGAGCGUUUUGAAACCCAGUCACCAUAAGGAUGGGCAGGAGCUUAAUGCUUUGCUGAAUGCCCCUCACAUGCAGGCGCUUUUACUGGCUCAUGAUAAGGUUGCGGAACAAGAAAUGCAACCAGAGCCUGUGACAGAUGAAAAACUUUACGAGAAUGUUGGAGUGUAUGGAGGCGAGACAGUUAAAAUAGUUCGCAUUGAGAAAGCUCGGGAUAUUCCGUUGGGUGCUACUGUUCGCAAUGAAAUGGAUUCUGUUAUCAUUAGUCGAAUAGUGAAAGGAGGUGCUGCAGAGAAGAGUGGGCUGUUACAUGAAGGGGACGAAGUUCUGGAGAUUAAUGGCAUUGAGAUUCGUGGAAAAGAUGUUAAUGAAGUUUUUGACUUGUUGGCUGACAUGCAUGGUACUCUGACCUUUGUAUUGAUUCCCAGUCAACAGAGCAAACCACCUCCUGCGAAGGAAACAGUUAUACACGUGAAAGCGCAUUUUGACUAUGAUCCCUCUGAUGACCCUUACGUCCCCUGCCGAGAGUUAGGCCUAUCUUUUCAAAAAGGAGAUAUACUCCACGUGAUCAGCCAAGAAGAUCCAAACUGGUGGCAGGCUUACAGAGAUGGAGAUGAAGAUAAUCAGCCAUUGGCAGGCCUUAUCCCUGGAAAAAGUUUUCAGCAACAGAGAGAAGCAAUGAAGCAAACUAUAGAAGAAGACAAGGAGCCAGAAAAAUCAGGAAAACUCUGGUGUGCGAAGAAAAACAAAAAGAAACGGAAAAAGGUUUUAUACAAUGCAAAUAAAAAUGAUGAUUAUGACAAUGAGGAAAUUUUGACCUAUGAGGAAAUGUCACUGUAUCAUCAACCAGCAAAUCGGAAACGGCCUAUUGUUCUGAUUGGCCCACAGAACUGCGGCCAAAAUGAAUUGCGGCAGCGACUUAUGAAUAACGAAGUGGAUCGCUUUGCCUCUGCAGUUCCCCAUACUACUCGGAGCAGGCGAGAGACUGAAGUAGCUGGCAGGGAUUACCAUUUCAUUUCCCGACAGGCAUUUGAGACUGACAUAGCAGCAGGGAAGUUCAUUGAAUAUGGAGAGUUUGAAAAGAACCUCUACGGUACUAGCAUAGACUCCGUGCGGCAAGUAAUCAACUCUGGCAAGAUAUGCCUUUUAAAUCUUCAUACCCAGUCACUGAAGACACUACGAAAUUCUGACUUGAAGCCAUAUAUUAUAUUUGUUGCACCACCUUCACAAGAGAGAUUACGUGCUUUAUUGGCCAAAGAAGGGAAAAACCCAAAGCCAGAAGAGCUGAGAGAAAUCAUAGAGAAGACAAGGGAGAUGGAACAGAACAAUGGCCACUACUUUGAUACAGCAAUUGUGAAUUCUGAUCUUGAUAAGGCAUAUCAGGAGUUACUUCGGUUAAUAAACAAACUUGACACAGAACCCCAGUGGGUGCCCUCUACCUGGCUACGAUGAGAGAGCAACUCCAAGGGACAAAUGGACUUCAAUCUAGUAAUCUUUCCAAGGAGGUUGUGUGUAGGUCUGCCCCAUUCUAGUGUAAGUGUGUGUGAGCUCUAGACCUCAGUGGCUGCAUCCUUUGCCAGUGAAAUUGCGUAUUAUUGAGAAAAUACACUGAUCAGCUUGUGAGCCGGUUUAGCUGAUAUAAAGAUUGUCCAAGUUUUCUUUCUCUGUGGUCUAGAAAUGGAGACCUUGCUAGUACUAAAUUCUAAAGCUUUAGAUAACUUUUUUCUAGCCACUACUUUUAUACAUAAAUCCACCUUUUUUUACCUAGAAUCACCCUUAAGAAAUCAAAGAUUUUAAGUAUGUGUAUGUAUAUACAGUCCAUGCUUGUCACAUAGUUAUAAAUAUGAAUGUUAUUUAACACUUAACUUAAUGACUUUGUGGGA